UUUUUUAAAAAAAUCAUUCUAUUUUCCCCUUCGAUUACCUAAUUAUUUACACAUUCUUUUAUAUUUACUACAGUGGUUAUUUAAAACUUUAUUUAAUGUUUAUUUAUUUUGAGGGAGAGAGAGACAGAGUGCAAGCAGGGGAAGGGCAGAGAGAGGGAGACACAGAAUCCUAAGUAGGCUCCACACUGUGAGCUGUCAGCACAGAGCCUGACAUGGGGCUUGAACUCAUGAACCAAGAGAUCAUGACCUGAGCUGAAGUUGGACGCUUAACCAACUGUGCCACCCAGGUGCCCCUACAGUCAAUAUUUUAGACUCUUACUCUAUAGGGUAGAGUACAACAUCCAUCUUGAUAUUUCUUUACUAUCUUUUAGCAUCUCUUGUUGCUGUUAAGGAACUAGCUGAUUGUUAUUCCUUUGUAGGUAAUUUGUGUUUUAUUCUAGUGGCUCUAGAAUUUUAAUUUUUAUCCCUGAUGUUCUGCAGUGUCACUGAAACAUCAGUUUAUCUUUAUUUGUCCUGGUGAGUACUUGGGUUACACUUCCCAUCAGAGGAUUCUUGUCUUUUUUUUUUCAAUUCUAGAAAAGUCUCUGUUAUCUUUAUAUAUUACCAUCCUGCCAUUCUUUUGGAACUCCUCUCAGUCCAUCCAACACAGCUGCUACUUGUUCUUUUAUUAAAAAUUAUUUUCUUUAUUUUCCUACAUUGCACACUGGGUGAAUUCCUCACUAUUUUCUAAUUUACUAAUUCUUUUUUUUAAACUUUUUUUUAACGUUUAUUUAUUUUUGGGACAGAAAGAGACAGAGCAUGAACGGGGGAGGGGCAGAGAGAGAGGGAGACACAGAAUCGGAAGCAGGCUCCAGGCUCUGAGCCAUCAGCCCAGAGACCGACGCAGGGCUCGAACUCACGGACCGCGAGAUCGUGACCUGAGCUGAAGUCAGACGCUUAACUGACUGAGCCACCCAGGCGCCCCUGAUUUACUAAUUCUUUAACUGUAUUCAGUCUUGAUUAUAUAUUAUUUGUUGAGAUUUCAAAUUUUGAUGCCUAUGUUUUUCAUUUCCAAGUUUUCUAAUUGGUUCUUUUCAUAUCUACCUAUAAAUUAUUUCAUUCUGUCUUUAUUUGUUCUUUUAAGAUGGAAAUUAUUUCUUCACUUUUUUAGCAUCCUAAGCACAUUCAUUUGAUGAUAAUGAGGAGGAGGAGGUGGAGGAGAAGAGGAUGGUGACAAUGAUUAUCAUUAUUAUUAUUUUAUUAAAGUCUUUGAGAGACUGUUUUACAAAAUUAAUCUCCUCUGAAGUAAUUUCCUGUUCCAAUUGUUGAUUUUGUUAUGUUGUCUAUCUUUUGUAGCAUUAGAUUUCUACAUGUCUUUGGGAACUUGAGUUUGUUUAUUUUAAGUAGCAUCUCUCUAUUUCUCUUCCUUUCCCUCUUUCUCUCCUUCUGUGUAAAACACUUCCUUUCUAGUUGCUUUUUGUGACUGUCUCAUUUGCACCCCUACUCCUGAUCUAAUGUCCAGAACCUGGUCUUAAAAUGACAGUAAGUGGCUCUUCUCCUGUAGAGAUAUGGGGAUGUUGUGGAUUCAGGUAGAGUGCCAACAGUUUCUAAUUGAGAAUAAUAAUCAAUAUUUACUGAGUUAAUACUAUAUGCCAGGCACUAUCCUACAUAUAUUAUUUCAUAUAAUGUUCCUAACAGUUCUAUGAGUUAGAUGCUACUACUACUAUUGCUAUGACUACUAUGACUAUUACUUCUACUAUCACUACCACAAUGAUGACCAUUUUACAAAUGAGUAAAUUAAGGCAUGUUAAAUAAUGCCUUUAGUGAAGACAAACCAGAACAUUUGAAUGAAUGAAUGAAUGAAUGAAUGAAUAAAUAAUCCAUUGUUGCUGGUAGCAGGUAGACUGAACUCAGACCAAAUUAAUUUUCUGGCUUUUUUUCCAUAUCAUUAUUAACCAAAACUAUGGGUAUAUGUCACUGGAAUAUAAGUUUGUAGUUUAUAAUAGCCAAUUUUAUUAAUAUGAAAUUAUUUUAUUUCUAUGAAAUUUUUGUAGUCCUAUAGACAAGUACUCUCCUACUCCAAAUCUCUAUCCAACUCUCACCCAUAGAAAGCACUUUAUAAUGUCAAGGGAAAAGAUGUGAUCCAAAGGGCAGGCUGAAAUGCUGAAAGUGAUACCUAAUAGUACCUAUCUCAUCUUUUUUGACUCUCAUGUUAAUUUUUAUUAUACUUAUUUUACAUAUGAAUAAAUAGAGUCUCCAGGAGUUGAAUAAAUUGCCUAAGGAUAUAUUGCUAGUGAGGGACAGACUCUGAGUCAGGAGCCAAACUUGUGUCUUCUGAUUCUUAAUUAUUCUUUGCAUGUUUUCAUCAUACCAUGAUACCCACCUGUAAUGAAAUACCCACCUAUAGCAAGAGAGAAACAGCUCCCCCUCCUCACCAUUUUUAUUUCUUAUAGAGAUGUUUAUAGUUAUGGUAGGUUCUUCAGAGAUCACAGACAGGAACUUGGAUGUCUCAGAAAAGAACAUCAAGGACUUUAUGGAGGCACUCCAAGUUGCUGGUCAGUUGUCAGCAGACAAUGUCUUACAAACGCUCAAGUUGCUGAAAGUCAAAAUCCUAAAUAACAAGAUGGCAACUCCACGAUGCCAGAAGGUGACAGAUAUCAUCGUUGACUACAUGAAGACCAUGAAGCCAGAGGGAGAACUGGAGGAGUUGUGCACUGAAGUCCUAUUGGCUCUGGGGUUCCAGUCUCCAGGAAUAGUCAUCUUCAAGCUGUGGGACAGAUGGCAUUUGAACAACUUGCCCCCAAACGGUCUCCUGGUUGCAGUGGGGAGACUCAUCUUCUGCCAGGGUGCAGACCCCUACAUUGGUGUCACAUGGGAAUAUAUACUGCACCUUCUGAGGAUGGCCCAAAAGGAGGAUGACAUGUUGGCAGUAUGUCAUGUGCUCAAAGGAUUGGUCAUCAGUGCCCGGAAACAUCUGGAUCUGGGUACUAAGAAUGAUGAAAUAAUGGACAUCACACAAGAGGCACUGUCCAUCAAGGCUUACCUCACCCUUCGGGUUCUCUUCAAUCGUUGGUCCCUGAGGAGCAACAACAAGGUGACAGAGGAAACUCUGGUGAUAAUUGGCCAUCUCUUCUUCCUCAUUCCACCAUCCAAACUCAAGAAUCAAGUGAACCGUUUAACCCGAUGGUUAAUGACUUUGAUGUCUGCAAAAGUGGCACCUUUCUACAUUUCCCAGUGUAUCUUCCAACUUAUAGAUGCUCUGGCUCUUAGUGGCUGUGGAGGUAUAAACUUGGAAUCCCAGCUGGGAAAUAUUAUAGGCAUGCUGUUCAAACAGCUGAGUGAAACAGUUGAGGACUCAAAUCAUCACUCUGUACAGAACCACAGCCUUGCCCUGAAGGCCUUCUAUAUCCUGACCAAGUUAUAUAAUGAUCGGGUGGUAACCUUAAUACGAGAGAACGUGGAAUCCAAGGAUCCAGCCAAGAUAGUAUCAACCAUUCAAAUUUUCACAGAUGUGCUCCAGAAAGUGCCCCAGACAGAGCAACUGAAGAAUGAGGUGAUGCAUUCAGUCAUAAUCAUGAUUCAGGAGGAUCUCAAACCAGUGCGAAGGGCCCUCCUGAACUUCAUGGAGAUGCUGAUCCAGCAUGACUACUUGGCCCUGCCCCAGGGGAGCAUCAUCAUCAACUAUGUCAUCAAGCUCAGCGAGUCUGACUGCUCAAAUGAAGAGGACAUCCAACUAACGUGUUCCAAAAUCCUACAGAUGGUAACCUUGCCCAAACUGAUCACCUUGGUAUGCCAGCCCAGCAACACCUUGGCCUUCGUGCCCCUGAGUAAGAUGGCCACGAAAAUGGCUCUGAGGGCCCGUUCCCUGGGCCAGGUUCCCUACCUCAGCAGCUUUCACCUCAGGCCUACCCAGUUCAUCUCCCCACAGAAACUCCUGACCCAUCUUGUGAUGUUUUCCCUGAAGCCCUAUAGAGAAGGGGAGUUUGGUGUAAGCUCUCUAAGGCUACUAUAUGCCCUGCAUCCUAUCACCUCCCUGCACCCCGUUAUCAACUCGAAUGUGGGCCAGCUGUGGAUGACGGAGAUCCCACAGAUGUUGCAGAUGCUGGAUGAUCACACUGAGAAGAGCCUCAAUCAGGAGGAGUGGGAAGGCAGGCUGCUCCAGUUUUCAAGUCAGUCAUUAUUGGCUAUCGAUGAUGACAGCUGGCUGGAGCAACUCAUUAAGGUUGUCUUGGAGAGGAUAAAUUAUUUCAACGAUGAUGAUGAGGAGGAGAAGGCUUUUCUAUAUAAAUUCUUGGGCUUCACCCUGCGGACCUCGAGGAAUAUAAAAAUGGUGCAGAUGAUGCUCUCUGCCAUCCUACAAACUGUCCAUGAAGAGCUGCAUGAGAGGGAGGGCAUUGCUGUGGCGCUCAGUAUCGUGUCCAUGAAACAUCUGAAGGUAACCCUGGACCAACUGCAAGCAUAUAGUGCUAUACUCACUGAAAAGAACUCAUCAUCCAUCCUCAAACUGAUGAAGGAACAUCAGCAAAGGGAAUGGGGGCUGGUCUGUAACAUCAUCUACUUAAGCUAUAGCAAGAUUAUUUCAGAGAGCAAGGGAGCCAUCUUCAUGCAUUUAGAUGACAUCCUGGCCAUGGUCCUGCAACACUACCGCAACUGUAUUGUAGAAAAGGAUAAGAACCUGAAGUUGGAGUACCUGGAUGCCCUGACCAAGCUAAUAAACAUCUUGAGCAGCCAGCCCAUGGCCUUUCAAUUCAAGUUCCCUCAGAAAAUAGAAAUUGUAACCCUUAUGAUGGAGUUAAUCAGGGAGGAGCCAUUGAAUUCCAUCUCCAGUUCCAUUAGGCAGAGGGCAAUGAACUUCAUCACUAACUUCAGGAAGCUCCAUCCCCUCACAGAGGUGGAAGAAAGAACAGAGCUACUCCAAACGUGCUUUCAGAGUGUGCUAUGCCUGCCAUCCACAGAGGAUUUGCAGAAGGAGGCAUCCAGUUCCCAGGAAGCCCAGGCCACUGAAGAUUUGCUCAUGGAGACCCUUCAAUCCCUCCUAAGGCUAAUGGAGACACUUAUUGUUGAGAUGCCUUCUCAGAUCCAGUACUGUUUGGAGCAUCUGAACAUAUGGCUGAAUUCCCAGAACGACAAUGAGAGGGAACGGGCCAUGUGGUGUGCUGCCCGUAUUCUUGGCUUCACUGCAAAAUGGAACAACUUUGGAGUGGAGAUCAAGUUCUCUCGGUUGGGGUGCUUGGUAAGGCUGCUGGCCAUGCGCUGCCAGGACCCAGUGGACAACAUCUGCUUCCUGUCUUCACAGGCAGUCUACAACCUCUACCGUAUCCUCCUGCUGCAAAAGCAGAUGCAAAGGAAAAAACAGGGCUUAUGGGAAGAAGAGGGCAAGAGUGAAGUCUAUAGCGCCAACGUGUUCUAUAACAACACCUUUGAGAUUGCCAAGGCAUUUGCAGAGUACUUCACUGAGAUGCAGCUCACCCACCUGGUGCUGACGGCCAUGGAGGGUCUGACUGACAGCAAGGCCACGGUGUCUCUGGCAGCAGCCCAGCUGAUGAGUGCUGUCAUGAAAGAACGGGGCAGAGAUAUGAUAAAGAUUGAAGAAAUUGUGGAGGGGAUUGUGGGACGGCUCAACGUACAGCUGGAGCCCAACACGAAGGAGGAGACAAUGCGGGCCAUGUGCUUGCUGGCUGGCAACAACACCCACAGGGUUGUGCCCAUGCUGCUCAACAAGACCCUGCCUUGGGACAGAACCAAUCUGGCCCUUUGGAAGGCAUUUGGCACCCGGCGAGAGACCACAAUCAGCGUCCUGCAGCUGCUCAUAGGCAUCCUGGAAAAGCUCCACUCCAGAGAGGAAUCUAGGGAGAUGGCCUUCCAGCCUGUGGCGGUGACAUGUGCUUUGUGUGAGAUGCUGUCAGGGUCCCUGUGCCAGGAGGCUGUCCAGGAGCUCUACCCCCGGCUGUUGCUGGCUAUACUGCAUCAUCUCUACUGGGUGAUUGAACAAAACGUACCCCAGAAGAUGGUGGUCUACAACAGGGAGGAGGGCCCAGGCCGCAAAAGCAAGCCCUUUGAUCCUACUAGUUGUGCCUUGGAGGUAGUGAAGCUGGUGUUCGUGGCAGCUGCAUAUGAAGGAGUGGUGGUCUAUGCAAAUCAGCAUCACUGCUGGGACCUUCUGUCCAGCCCCAAGUUUUACUACAUAGGGAUCAUGGACCUGACAAGUGGCAUUGUGAAGAACUGUGAACCUGCCAUCCUGCAUCGAAUCCUCAACCUCAUCAGGAACAUCCUCUAUAGCUCCAACUAUCACAGGAGGAUUCUGGCCAGGACUUUCUAUGCACAGCUGCUCUGGCACCGAUCAGUGGCUCAGACUGUGGGGCAAGACUUUUUGGGCAAUCUAAUCAAGUGGACCAAUGAGCCCAACAUCAUUAUGAAGGAAGUUGGGCUCCGUGGAAUCAGUAACCUCGCGUUGCACCCAGGACAAUCAGAAUCUCUGAAGAGCCAGGUUCCAUUCUUGCGAGACUUCCUGAAGAAUGAGGCACGAGUGACAAUGCAGGCAGUAAAGAGCCUACGGAACAUCAUCUGCUUUGGGAAGCAACAGAACACCAAGGUGGUAUUUUGCAGCAUCUCCAAGCAGCUGCGUCCACUCAUCAAUGAUGAGAGGGACCUGGUGAAGAUCUCGGCCACCUCUGCCCUGGGCCACAUGCUGCAUCGAGUUCACAAAUUCAAGCCGGGAGCCAUCACCCGAAGAGAGAUCUACAGUUUUCUAGUCCCGCUGCUGCUUAGCAUUCAGGAUAAUAACACCGAGGUAGUCAAGGCCUGUGGAGGGGCCCUGACUGAGUGGACUAAGGUGAUUGGCUGGUCAUCACUCACACAGACAUUCCAGCACACCACCCUCAGUGAUCACAUCCAGGUAUUGGAAGAAACGUGCAAGUACCUGGUGGGCACAAAAAAAAUACAGCUUGUGGGGGAGUUUCUGUCCCAGAGCUUCGACUUCCUGACGAGCCCUCAGUCCUUCCUACGGGAAGCUGCCAUCAACUUCAUAGGAUUAACAAUUAAGAGGUUAACCAUGAAACGAAUUCACGAGGAUGAUGUGGAGCUGUUACAGAAUGCUAUUGGAAGCCUGAGGAAUGAUCCUGUGGAAUCUAUCCAGUCUUUGGUCACUACUACCCUGAAAAACCUUGAUGAAUAUCUUAAUCCCGAGUCUAUCUCUGCUUCCAGGAUGAGCCAGCUGAGCAAUAACAUCUUCAAAGUCACUGGCAUGAAAACCUCAGAAAGAAAGAAGCGACUGUUUAAGACUGUCAAACAGGAAAGAGAUGAUGAUGACAAUCAGAAAAAGAAUAUCUGGAAUUGGCUUCGAGGCCCUCUAAAUUCCUUGUGCAACUGGCACAAUAGGAGGGUGAAAACUACUCCACUCAUAAUAGGCAAUUCAGAUAAAUAAUCAAUAUGGUCACAGGUCCCAACAUCUGAAAGUCCACCUACAGAAGCUGGACCUGCCCCUAAAUAAGUUGCACCUAAUUGCUCUGGGACUGAAGCCUUUUCCAUUUGUUGUCCAGAUAAGCAGUACUUUGAUUCUCAGUAGCUCUCCUACCUUUUUCCAACUGGACGGGCUACCUGGGAUUAAACCCAAGGAGGCGGUUUUGAUCCUAGAAGGCACAGUAUGUGUCUCUCCCUAGGGGAUUGUUGGCUAUCAGCAUAUACAUUUGUCAAUAAAACUUAUUUUCUCGUCCUAAGACAA